AAAGCAAAGACGGGCACUCCUUAAAGUUCCACGAUGGACAAUUUGCACCCUAAUAGGAACAAAAUUCCCCUUUUAUCCAGGAGGCGUCACCGCUGGGUGAGCCGAGCCGCUCCCCAUUGACCUCGUGGUUCCCAUGAUAGACGUCCUCUCAGCCCAAUGGCUUCCCUCCCUGUGGGCGGGUCUCACAGAGCAGGCCUAUAGGAGCCCGUGUCAGCUCAGCCAAUAGCGUCACGGCAGGGGGCGUGGCGGGAGGUUUGAAAGUCAGCUUCGGGAACUGAGGCUGCAGCUGUUUGUUGUGCACCCAAGUGGAGUUGGGGCCCGGCAUACCCUCCUCGCCCCGGGCCGGGCCCUACCCCACCCUCUUCCUCCGGAUUGAGAUGGGCUCAGCCAAGAGCGUUCCAGUCACGCCGCCGGCGCGGCCUCCGCCACACAACAAGCUUCUGGCUCGAGUGGCGGACCCGCGUUCACCCAGUGCCGGCAUCACGCGCACUCCCAUCCAGGUGGAAAGCUCUCCACAGCCCAACCUAGCAUCCGGGAAACAGCUGGAGGAUCCCAACCAGGCCGAGGACUCAGAUCCCCGCUCUCCUACCCUUGGCAUCGCGCGGACGCCUAUGAAGACCAGCAGCGGAGACCUCACAACCCCACUGGUGAAAGAGCUGAGUGAAGAAUUUGAGGCGGAAACCCCCAAGUCAAAUCUUCCCCCAGAGCCUGUUCUAGAGGUGUUUUCCGAGGAAGAAACAGGACAGCCCUCAGAAACCCUUAUGACCAGCCAGGGCUCAGACAAGCCCACGAAAGACCCUGAGACGCCUAGAUCUUCAGGUUCUAAGCGAAAUAGACGGAAACCACAGGGCAAGGCACUAGGGAGAUCUCCCCUCACCAUCCUGCAGGAUGACAACUCCCCUGGGACUCUGACACUACGCCAGGGUAAGCGGCCUUCUUCCCUGAGUGAAAACGUCAGGGAACUAAAGGAAGGGGCCAUUCUGGGAACUGGACGACUUCUGAGAAGCGGAGGACAAGCGUGGGAGCAAGGUCAGGACCAUGACAAGGAAAACCAGCACUUUGCCUUGGUAGAGAACUAGGCCAGGGGUGGCCCCAGCCCUGGGUUCACCAGGGUCUAGCGAUAUUCCGAGUCCUCGGCCUCUUCUUUCCCUGGGAGACUGGAAAGAUUCAUGUCCUUCGACUCCCCCUAAACUACCAGCUCUGGAACGAAUAGCUUUCUUGGGCUUUCUUUGUGUAUAAUGUGUUUCUUGUAAAUUAAAGGAAGUGGUUUUAA